CCCCGCCGCCGCCGCCGCCGCCGCCGCCGCAGUCAUGGCUGCUGACGGGGUGGACGAACGCUCGCCUCUGCUGUCCGCAUCCCACUCGGGAAAUGUCACCCCCACGGCCCCGCCGUACUUAGAGGAAAGCAGCCCCAGAGCGGAGCUCCCGCCGCCGUAUACCGCCAUUGCCAGCCCAGACGCCAGUGGUAUUCCGGUCAUAAACUGCCGCGUGUGCCAGUCUCUCAUCAAUUUGGAUGGCAAGCUUCACCAGCACGUGGUUAAGUGCACGGUUUGCAAUGAAGCUACACCAAUUAAAAACCCCCCAGCAGGGAAGAAGUAUGUUAGAUGCCCUUGUAAUUGUCUCCUCAUUUGUAAGGACACAUCUCGGCGAAUAGGAUGUCCAAGACCCAACUGUAGACGCAUAAUUAACCUUGGCCCAGUAAUGCUUAUUUCUGAAGAACAACCAGCUCAACCUGCAUUGCCAGUCCAGCCAGAAGGUACAAGGGUCGUGUGUGGGCACUGUGGAAACACGUUCUUGUGGAUGGAACUGAGGUUCAACACUCUGGCAAAAUGCCCACACUGCAAAAAAAUUUCCUCAGUGGGUAGUGCACUUCCACGGAGACGCUGCUGUGCAUAUAUUACCAUUGGAAUGAUGUGUAUUUUCAUCGGAGUUGGAUUAACUGUUGGAACCCAAGACUUUGCAAGGCGAUUUCAUGCAACCUACGUUUCUUGGGCAAUCGCUUAUCUCUUAGGUCUGAUCUGCCUUAUCCGAGCUUGUUAUUGGGGUGCCAUAAGAGUGAGUUAUCCAGAACACAGCUUUGCAUAAGCUUGCUUAUGAUUUGGUGAUGCAGGUGAGAGUAUCUAGCAGUUCUUGAUAAGCUACUCUGGACAUCUUUAAAUCAUUUCCCUAAUGGAUUUCAUUCUGGUUUAUGUAUGAAGUUUCAAGACUUUGGGAGUCUUUUGUGAACAAAUGCACUCACAUUAUAUGCAAAUAGUUUGUUUUGCUGCUAGAUUUUCAAGCUUCAAACAAUAAAGCUUGGUCCUCAUAUCC